GUUGCGACAAACACGAAAUUCUUAUCGUCAAGCAAUCAGUGAAUAAAAAUAAAUUAAAAUUGUUGCACAAAAACACAAUGUCCACGUUCGAUUCACCGAUACCUCUGUCUGAUAUUGAAUCGGUCCUUGCUUGGGUUGAUACAUUCAAAUUGUCUCGCCCAACCCGAAAGAUAAACAGGGACUUUUCCGAUGCAGUGCUUCUUGCUGAAAUCCUCAGCGUACACUAUCCAAAGCUUGUCGAAAUGCACAACUACCCUCCAAGAAACAGUCACUCUCUGAAGCUCAACAAUUGGAUGACACUCAACAGGAAGGUGUUAAAGAAACUGAAGCUGAAUCUGUGUUUAAACACGAUGGAACAGCUGGCCAACUGUGCACCUGGAGUUAUCGAGAGAGUGUUGAUAAUGGUUCGUGAGAAAAUAAAGCGAGAUGAAGAAGUUUUGAAAAAUAAUUCUCAAGAGCAGAACGUCUCCAGCGGCGGUAGUUACUACGAGGCGUGUGGCGAUGAGGAACAUUACGUGCUCGUAGUGCCAAUCAAGACGAGGGUAAACGGAGUUUUGGAGACGAUUCAACAGAAAGUAGUCAGUUAUGAAACAUUUAUGGGUAUUAAGGAAGAACUUAAGGACGCCAAGGAGUCCUAUGAAGUGCUCAAGCAAAAGGUCGAUCAUCUCGAUAAUUUAUUGAAAUUGAAAGAAGAAAGAAUAGAAGAAUUGCAGAAACAGUUAGAGCGGAAACAAGCAAGAAAAAAGGAAGUUGAAGCAUCACAAAACCCAGUCGUUCCAAUAGUAUUUCCAAAUGAACCAGAACCACCAUCUCCGAAAAUCGAGGAAAUUUUGGGUGACCCAGUAAAACCCCUCGUGAAGCCAGUUGAAAUUGUUCUAAAAAGUACUAGAUCUGAAGAAUCUAGAAUCCCAGUAGCCAAAUCCAGAUCAGAUGAAAUACGAACCCAAAAAACUGAUACUACGAAAGUAGAAGAUUCCAAAAUGCCAGUUCUUAAAAGUCAAUCUAAACCUAGUUUAACAGAAGUAACACAGCAAGAUUGCGCGAAAGACGUUGAUGUGAAUCGGAUUAAAUCAGAUGUCUUUAAAGAAAUUGAAAUUAUUGAUCAAAGAACUAUCGAGGGUUUACUUGAUAAUGAAGAAUUUAAGGACUCUGAUCCCGGUACUGUUACCGAAAUGGAGAUCAACCUUAUGAGCCAGUUCGGAUACAUUCCGUUUCCCAAUUACUAAUUAGCGUUCCUAAUUUAUUUACAAAAUUUAUCAGAGAUGUUAAAAAUAUCGGACAAUGUUAUCAAAAUAUUUAACAGGUUUGAUAAGUGUGUUCAAUUGAUAAUUGGCUAGUUAUUUUUAAUAAUUGCAUCCUCGCAUGACAUAUUUACAAUAGCGGUAUGGUAAUUAGUAUAUUUUAGUAUUAGUCAGGAUUUUAAAGUUAAUCAAGUCUCGUAGUACCUAUCCCGUAAUGACCCGUGUGCUAAGAAUAUAUUUGAACAGCUAAGUAACAAUUUAGUCUAAAUUACUCUCGUUCAGUCUACAGAAGAUCAACAUAUAUUUUUGAUAUAUUAUAUAUGAAAGCUGGAGUAGUGUCGGUAUCAAUAUAAUUAUUACACCAUAAUUUUAUACGAUAUAAAUUACCUAUACAGUGAGUAUUAACAGUAAUGCCAAAUUUAGGGCGUCCUUCCAUUAUAUCAAGGCGGUAAGCUUAAAUAUUUUUUUCUUAGGUCUUAUAUAUUUUGUUUAUAGAUGUCGCUUUAUUAAAACCUCAGACAAAAAACUUAAUGUUAAAUAGGAAAUAUUUAUGUUAACAAACCGUAUGUCGAUUUGAAAUGUUUUCUAUUCGCAGAGAUUUGAGAUGUAUUUUUAUUUAUAUUGCUUACAAUAUAUUAGCAUCUUAAUAUGUCAUUUAAUUUAUAGCCUCUAUGUGUACUAGACUGACCCUGAGGUCGAUAAUUUUUGAAACGAAAAAAAUAAUAGCAGGAUAAUAAAUAACCCAUCCGAAAAGGAAGAGAAAAUAACAAAAAUGAAAGGAAAAAAAUUACGGGCGAUCUGAGGUCGGGCAGUGGAAAAGGGUGGGGGGGGGGGGGCUGUUUAGUAGUACGGUGGUAACAAAAGAGAAGUAAGUAGCAGUAUUUGUUGGUAAUAAAAAGAUCUACAUCUUUUGUUUCCACACUUUUUCACAUAGCCUCAAAAUUUAUGUGAAAAAAAGGCAUAAUAUGUCACUGAAUCAUUACUCCACUUCCUUUUUGUUAUAUUCUAUUCCUUUUCCAAUAGGUUUCAUUCUACCAUUAUAUUUUUUUCACUUUUUAUAAUUUUCAAAGUCUUCAGCUCUGGUCUAUACGGAAGUUACACAUUGUUCGCCGCAUUUUUGUAUGCGGGAAGUAUUGAGCUAAGGGAUGGACUACUGUGCUUUCCAAAGCAUUUCCCGCACUUGCUAUAUGUCAAGCUUUUAUGAGCAGAUUAGGAGUAUUUUCUAUCUAACGCAUAUUCUAUUAUUUGAGCGUGGUUCCACUCUAUGAUGUGAGAAUUUAGGAACAUUGUUUGUUGCGACAGUUUUGUAAAUUGUAUAAAUGUGGUCGGGUAUGAUUAGUGUUGCAGAAUAUUGAUUCCGAAAGCAUGUCAAGAGGCUAUUUUUAAAAUUUCAUAAAGUCUUUAAUGAUAAAGAAUGAAGUUAUCUAACGAUUAGUAAAUUUUUCAUAAAAAAUAUCAAGUGCACAAUAUUGGAUUUCUUAUGAUAACUACAUUAUUAAGGGCUUUUACCCUAUUCUAGAGCACUAGUACAAUACCCGGCUUGUUGCUUAUAUUUGUGUUAUUUUUAGUAGUUUUAGUAAUUUGUAUCAAAACUUUAGAAAUAAAUGUAUUUUGAAAUCGGA